CUGGGCUCUGCUUCUGUUGGCUGGAAGCAGGGGACUGUGGGAGUUCGGUAAAUACAGCUCUCUGCUCCACUAACGUCCACUCAGCUGCCUGCAGCCGUAACUGUGCGUUGGUGUGUCGGUAUAAAACCCAGGAGGAGGCUGCUUUUUAGUUUUACAGUCUGCUUCCCCAGCUCUACAACAGGAAUCUGCUGCUAGCUCGCGUUAGCUAACUGUGUUUGAAAAUGAACGGCCAUCUGAACGGUUUUUACAGCGACUCGCUUCACGAUGAAGAUUGCUUCCUCUUCACCUCCGAGUCAGUCGGAGAAGGUCACCCCGAUAAGAUUUGUGACCAGAUCAGCGACGCUGUGUUGGAUGCUCACCUGAGACAAGACCCCGAUGCCAAAGUAGCAUGCGAGACUGUAGCUAAGACAGGGAUGAUCCUGCUUGCUGGGGAGAUCACCUCCAGAGCCAGCGUUGACUAUCAGAAGGUUGUCAGGGAGACAAUCAAGGAAAUUGGCUAUGACGACUCCUCCAAAGGUUUUGACUAUAAGACCUGCAAUGUGCUGGUGGCUUUGGAGCAGCAGUCUCCUGACAUUGCUCAGGGCGUUUAUCUCGACCGUAAAGAAGAGGACGUUGGUGCCGGUGAUCAGGGUCUCAUGUUUGGCUAUGCCACCGAUGAGACUGAGGAGUGCAUGCCCCUCACCAUCGUCUUGGCUCACAAGCUCAACGCGAAGAUGGCCGAGUUGCGUCGUGAUGGAACGCUGCCGUGGGUCCGACCCGACUCCAAAACUCAGGUGACCGUUCAGUACAGGCAGGACCGAGGAGCCGUGGUGCCAUUACGUGUCCACACCAUCGUGAUCUCUGUGCAGCACGACGAAUGUGUGAGCUUGGACGAGAUGCGUCACAGUCUAAAGGAACAGGUGGUGAAAGCCGUGGUUCCCCCUGGGUACCUCGACGACGACACCAUCUACCACUUGCAGCCCAGCGGACGUUUUGUCAUUGGAGGUCCACAGAGUGAUGCUGGUUUGACCGGACGUAAGAUCAUUGUGGACACCUAUGGUGGAUGGGGAGCCCAUGGAGGUGGAGCUUUUUCUGGAAAGGACUACACAAAGGUUGAUCGCUCUGCAGCAUACGCAGCUCGUUGGGUGGCCAAAUCUCUCGUUAAAGCUGGACUCUGCAGACGCGUCUUGGUCCAAGUUUCCUAUGCUAUUGGAGUAUCCCAUCCUCUGUCUGUUUCCAUCUUCCAUUACGGGACCUCUCAAAAGAGUGAGAAAGAGCUCUUGGACAUCGUGACGAAGAACUUUGACCUGCGUCCAGGAGUUAUUGUGAGGGACCUUGACCUGAAGAAGCCCUUGUACCAGCGCACGGCCUCCUACGGUCACUUUGGUCGUGACAUGUUCUCAUGGGAGGUGCCCAAGAAUCUGAAAUACUGAUACACCCUGUUCUCUGUUGCACUUCCCCAUCCUGCAGAUAAACAUCUUUGUUCGUCCCUUUUUUCCCAUUCCCUCCUCCUCUUCUUCACUUUUGUUUGGCAUCGUACCAUCAAACUAUAUAGGCUUUGUCAAACUGUUUGCAAAGUUACAAUUAUUUCCCUUGCAACGAAAUAAUUUUUACUCAUUUUGUAUUAAAAAUUGAUUUUUUUUUAAAGGUGGAUUUCAACUUCAGGUAAUGCUAAUAGUUAUCCAACAUCUCACUGCAGUAUAGAUUAGGGAGCGAGCCCUUUCAUGCUCUUCCAUGUUGUUUUGCUUUUAUCACAGUAAAAAGUCACGUUCCUUUUUAUCUUUUCCCCAACCCUCAAUGUUGCAAAUGAAAAUCAGCCAACAUAGUUUUGUAUUUAGUUGUGUGUGCAGUUCCUUCAUGCCAUUAUUCUUUCUGACGUUUUAUAGAGAAGUCAGAAGCUGCUAAUCACCUUAUGGUUAUGUUGGACCGCAGAGUGAUUUCUGUAUUUUGUAGAUAUUUAUUUUCUAGGUUUAAAUGUCAUUAAGAUGUUCUAAACUACAUUCAAUGUGUUGACAAAGAUAAAGGCACAAAGAUCACAGUAUUUCUGAAGGCAAAAGCCCUCCAUCACCCUCUGAUCCAAUUACUGGCUCUGUCCCACAGCAGCUCAAUGCACAGAUUAUUUAUGCUGCGGGACCGGUCAAUGUUAUCAGCAGGGACGCAGCUUUUGAGCUCCCCUCAGUCCUGUUGAGUGCACAGGUAUGUAGGAAGAUCAGGUGCAGAGAGGACCAAGCAGCACCCUGUUGGUGUACUGAAUGUAUUACUCCCCAUGUUCUCAACAGUUGGUGGUGCUAAGAAGUACCAAAAGUGGAUCAGACUUUGGUGGUGAAUGUCUGAACUCUCAGCUUUAAUUUUAAAGGACGUUUGCUAAACAAAAUCUAAUCUUCUCCGCCCCAAUGAAUGCAUGGAAUUGCUGGAUUUUCACAGAUUACCCCUCUUUUCUCUUAAUGGUAGGAAAGUGUUUAAAUGUUCCAGAUGCUCUAAAGAUAUCGACUCAACACCUGAUUGCCCUAAAAUCUCCAGUGACUAAGAUCCUUGUCGUUGGUCUAUAUCAUACAUCUAGGUGGUGCUCUGUCACUGUAAAAAUACUGAAGUUAGGACCAAUAAUGAGAUUCUCAACAGUAUAACAUUGAAUAGAUGCACCCCAGUUUCAGUAUUUACACAAAAAAGUGAACAAAUGGGUAAUAUUAUCCAGUUGCCCCAAUUACCCCAACUGCUGCCAAAAUAAUUCAGCAUAAUGUGACAUGUGUUUUUGACCUUUUAAGGCAAAAAUAAACCCUACAUCAGUGUACAGCAACAGGUUUGGGAGGGACAGUGCUGUGUUACUUUUUGCUCUUUACAGCUGAAGAAACCCCUGGAACUUUAAAAGGUUUUGUAAACUGUAUGAGGGGAAAAUCUUGAGCAGUUUUUAAACCUGAUAUACCUCGAUACAAUAAACGGUCCAAGCCUGUGCUAAGAAAACCUCACAUGGAUUUUUAGAGUCUUUCCAGUUAUUUGAUGGAUUUGCUUGAGGUCAGAUAUUAUUUAUUUUACAGCAGAUUUGCUUUCUGAAGCUCAGACAAAUAAUUGGUUGGUGUUGUACAGAGAAACCAGCCCGUUUACAUCGUCUGCAGCUUUUUGUUACAUCUGAAGUGUCUGUCCUUGUUUGCUAAAUGUAUGAGAAGUGCCUUUUCUCGUUUGCUGCAAAUGAACCUAAAUUCAAUUUGUUACCUUCUUGUCUCUUUCUUCUCUCACCUGAAUUUUCCUCAAUUAAAAACUCAUGAGUCUGA